GUUUAUGGAAACCGCAAGAUCAUACUGAGCAGGCCGUUUUAGGUGGCCUGUCAAGGAGUACAUGUGCGGCGGAUGACCAUUUGCAUGGCGUAGACGUUGUGAGUGCAGACAGUAACCAUUUGGCAGACUACCUAAGCCCCCCAGAUUCGUUUUAUUCCCUUACCCACUCGCGGAUGUGUUUCACGGUCUGGGCUUACAGAAGCCAGUGUUGACAAGAACAUUGUGCGGGGUGGGCGACGGAUGACACAUACUAGUAGUUCCAAGUUGAGCCUGAGUGAGCCUUUUCCUUGUCAACCAACCACAAGCUCCAAUAUGUAGCAGGAUGAUGAGUCCUAUAUACAAGAUUCGUCAAUCUGGGCGCAGUCUGAACGAUGCAACUACUCACCCGACAGUAGACUACCUCCUGCCAAGAGGAUGGGGCUGCGAGGAGGUCCGGCGCCAAUAAGAGGGCGUGCUGCAUUGGGCCCUCCUCAAUGCUGACAGCAGAACCUUGGAUGACUACUUACUCUUUCCGUUGCCCCUCGCAAAUGCGAAGCAUCUCUGCGCAUGCCAUGGCUCCCUCCUCGGUCUCCGACUCCGACAUUGACGGCUUCCUCGUCACAGCCGAGAACCCGGCGCGAGGCGGCGCGGCAGCAAUAGACCACGCACGAUGUGCGGCCUUGCACAACUACCUCGUCCGUUACGCCUGGCUCGCCGAAGGCCGCCCCCCAGAUGCUCUUCCCGUGAACAAUACCUUCUUCACCACCCACGGCCCCGCCGCCGAGGCUCUCCGCCCGCGCCUCGACCCGUCGCUCGCGGCCUUCCUCGACACCGCCGUGCUCCCUGGUGGCGCCUCCGAAGCCCCGCCUUUCUUCUUCUGGGCACAGGGGCUGUCUGAGCCAGACGACAUCUUCGCCAGCGAGACGGCUGACUUGCAUGACGAGCCGGACGACGGCCUGGUGUGCUUGUAUUGGCCCAAUAUCGGCCAGGACGGGGUGUCUGGCGGCGGCCUGUACUAUCACCAGGGCACCCACCGCGCCGCAGUCUUGAUGCACAUGGACGACUUUGGCUAUGCACUGCCGGCCGGGGCGCACCCGGCACUCUGGAACCCGCUCGAGACCGUCCUGUCCAACUGGGUCGGGCUCCUCCGUCUCGGCAAGAUCGCGGCGUCGCCCGCGGGGGAGCCCGCCCUUUUCGGAGUCGAAAAGAUCGGACCGUGGGAGUGGCGGCCGUACGGCGAGGCACAGGUCACGGCUUGCAUCAGGGCCUGGGACCGGCUGUGCGCGGCCAUCGAUGCUGAGAUGCCGGCGUCGCCCGGCCGCGUCGGCGUGGCGGCGGCGGUGGGGGACGUACAGCUUCUAUCACCCGCCGCUUUGGACGCGGCUUCGGUUCCCGAGGGGUGCUUUGCGCGCGCCUUUCUGUCCCGUGCCCGACGGCCGCGCUUCCGCCACGUCGCACCGGGUCAACCGACUCACCCCUCAUCAACUGUUGUGACGGUCUGAGAAAUUCCGGACCGAGCCAGUUACCUAGUCAGUCACAGCACUCACCCGCGGCCACCGCAUAAAUACCAUUUCUGAUUUUCUGCAGCGCAAGUCACAAGAUGGCAUCCCACAACAAUACAAAGGAGGAGCCGGAGUCGUGGGACGCGCCCAGGUACAACAAGCCCAUCUAUAAUUCCAAGAGACCAGACCGAAGAAGGCGCCCCUCACACCACCUUAGGGCCUGGCGAUCAGCGACGAAGACGUGGCGUAGCUCAAGGCCGGGUUCCCAAUCCACAGAGCAUGGGCGGACGACAAGUGUGACCUGGUAGCCGAGGACCCGGACGGGCGCGGGCGGGGCGUUUUUCGGUGCAUAUCAUCCGCAACUGGCCACAUACUGAUGGACUGCUGCGUACUUCAUCACAUCCCCCAAAAACCACAGGCAGGGAAUGGCGACAACAAGGAUGAGGGCAGCAGAGGUCUCGGGCACCACGUGGGACGGGGACAUGGAGGUGCAGCACCGCAGCACGGAGCUGAGCAGGCCGUGAUGCCGUGCAGAGGCUGGCUGGCCCGGCUGCGAGCUUGAGGGGCUCCCGCAGUAUUCGUCCUCGCUGUCCUGGGACCCCUAGUGGUUUGCAAGAAACUGGGCGGGCCAGAGGGCCGGGCAGAUCGCGAUGGGGAUGGCUCCACGGCAGCAGGGGCGGGCAAGGCCGGGGAGGUUGACCUGGAGCUCGAGCUGCACGUAAUGUCGUUGGGGGGCGAUAUAGGAAUGAGAGUCAAUAAGGUAUUUUCUACGCUCGCCUGUGAUGAGAGAGAUAAGCAGGCUCCCCAUUCGUGCCGUCAGGCUAAUAGACGCAGCCAAGUCCUAUCCAGCCCUGUCCUCUGGGCUUGCGAUGGCGGCGACGGCGGCAAGCACGAUCUCAGCAUGCUGGGUGGCCAGGGAGGGACCAGCUCGACAUCGGGGCGAUCCAGUACCAUCCAGCGCAAGAUCCAUGGGACAGUGGCGUGCUUAUGACCCAAGGGUAGGGCAGCCGAGAAGUGCUGCUCGCGCAGGGGAGAGUCAUCCACAUCUAGAGUAGGAAGGUCAGGCAGACGAGGCAGGGCUUGCAGGAUGUAUGCAGCGAGACGGUAGUUGGUUGAGCCAUACACGCGCCGAUGAGGGCGGCUCGCAGCGUCGCUUGCGACUGAGCUGUGCGGCAGGCAGAGGCGUGGGGCGGCUGCUGCCGGGGGAAACAGGGUGAAUGGAGGCUGUCGCGACAGCGCGUCGUGGAACGUGGCGGGUCGACGCGACCAAAAUGUCGAGGUCGCACGUGACCUGUGCGCGCAGGCAGGUUUUGGACUAGCGAUCUGGAUGCGAGAGCACGUAGGAUCGAGGGCGCAGGCAUUUGAAGCUGUGAACAAAAAGACAGAGCAUUGGUUUUGCGCAUGGCCAGUCGCCAGUCACGGCCGAGCAGGCAGGUAGGUCCCACACACGAAAAAAUCCUUCCUCGUCUGGCUCGCAAGCGCACCAGGACAACGAAAGACAAAAAUCAGUCAAGAAAGAUUUGAGGGUUCCAAAGAUUCCCUAGCCAGCCGAAGCCAG